GUCAUCUCCGAGGUCCAAGCAACAGCAGGUACUUGGAUAGGAGAAGCAAGCGAGAAAAAAAAAUUUUGGUCACAUCAGGGGUCAGGUGGAUUGAGAGGACGGAGUGCAGAGUGGAGCGAGAGCGAGAGCCGUUGGGGUUCGAGCCAAUGUUCAUUGACGUGCGUCAGCUGUGAGCGGGUUGACGUCGCGUCGCAACAGCAGAGGCAUCGCAGAUGUCUCAGUUAUUUAAUGACACUUGUCUCCGAUGAAUUAUUUUAACAAUGUGAUCUCUUGAGGAUGUAAAUACCGGAGGCGGCUAAACGAAAACAAGAAGGAUCGCGAUCAUGUUUUAUAUGAUGAUGAGAAUUAAUUUCAAGACGAUCCUUCUUGUAUUGAUCGUCGCCGUAAUUAGUUCUAUAUUUACGUCAUGGAAUAACUGCGGAAGUAGUAUUCUUAUCAGAACGGCUGAGUGGAAGACUCGUAGGGAUCGUCUGGCUAAUAGCGAGCUCGGAUAUCAAGAGAUUGAUUGUAAUAUUAAUGGAGAAUAUUUAAUUGGAUGUAGGAGAGAGGGAGAUGAAGUUUACAUUCCUUUUUCAUUUAUUCACAAGUAUUUUGAGGUAUAUGGUAAAUUAGCUACAUACGAUGGGCUGGAAAGAUUCGAAUGGUUGCACAGUUAUUCAAAAAUAGUAAGACCAAAAUCAAAGUAUGACCCACGCGGAGUUUUUAUGACAUUUGAAAAUUACAAUGUUGAGGUACGUGAGCGCGUAAAAUGCGUCAGUGGAAGCGACGGAGUUCCAAUGUCGACCCAAUGGGAGAGUCAGGGUUACUACUACCCGACGCAAAUAGCGCAAUUCGGUUUGUCGCAUUACAGCAAAAAUUUAACAGAGCCAGAGCCACAUCGCAAGAUAAUCGAGGACGCUGAUAAAGUUCAACAGGCAUGGAUUGUGCCGCAAGGCUCAGUAAUGUCGAGAAAUUACGACGUGCAGUCGAACAGUUAUGUCUUGAGGUUUGGCACACCGGAGACAAGUACUUCGGGAAUUUCAAUAACGUUAGAUCACGUGCUGUCGUUUGUCCUGAAGCUGGAUCUGAUAAUAAAGGACAAUGGCAGCGUGACGGUUGUGAUGCAGCACCGAGAACGGAAAGAUUCUUACUACCUUCAUUAUACUACCAGCAAUAUUGUCCUCAAUACAUUGAAUAAUAACAUUUAUUAUGGGAUUGGAGUGAGUAAUAGUCAGUGGCGUCGAAUAACCCGAGAUUUAGUAGUCGAUUUACAAAAAGGGUUGAGUGUUAACGAGAAGGGGAAGAAAAAACUGUCGAGAUCGAAGUUAAAGAUAAUAAAAAUAAUUUUGUACGGUUCAGGAAAAAUAGACAAUAUGACUUUGUCGACGAGCGAGCAUAUGGAGCAAUUUUACGACGCAGCGCGUUGGUUUGUUGCUAAUCAGAAUGUGACAUCAGGCGGGUGGCCAAAUCCCGUAAGGAGAAAAGUUGCCAGCAGCAUGGAGAUUUUAGAGCCCGGAUGGUACUCUGCAAUGGGUCAAGGACAUGCUAUUUCAGUCCUAGCUAGAGCUUAUUAUCACUCUGGAGAUGAGAGGUACUUACAGGCAGCUGUCAGAGGUUUAAAGCCAUUUAAAAUAACAUCUUCGAAAGGUGGAGUGGCUGCUUAUUUUAUGGAUAAAUUUGUCUGGUACGAAGAAUAUCCAACCACACCGUCUUCAUUUAUAUUGAAUGGUUUUAUUUACUCGCUUAUUGGUCUCUAUGAUCUCAAGUGUAUUGCUACAGGCAGAGACGCCGAUGAGGCCACUGAGUUGUUUGAUAAUGGUAUGAUAUCGUUGAAAAAUAUGCUUACACUAUUUGACACCGGUUCUGGCACGACUUAUGAUUUAAGACACUAUACGUUAAAGAGCGCGCCUAAUUUAGCGCGUUGGGACUAUCAUUCCACGCACAUUAACCAGCUGUUACUUUUGAAUACUAUUGAUAUUGAUCAAAUUUUUAUGAUAACUGCUGAAAGGUGGAUAGGCUACAUGAAUGGUAAGAGAGCAGCGCAUAAUUAAUUUUUUUACUAUAAAAUUUUUCCAACGACAACUUAAAUAUUUAAAGGUACUUUUAGACAAUAACUCCUAUUUUUUUUUUUUUUUUAGAUUAAAAUAGUCAUACAGUUUUAUCAAUAAAUUUGAACAAAAAAAUUCAAAAAGCACUGUUCGGUUGACAAUAAAAUAAGAGAUUUACGAUAAAUUCUAGCCAAUUAAAAAAAGAAAAUAAAAGCAUUAGCUUUAUUCCUUUUAUUUAUAAAAAAAAAAACUCUGAAAGAUAUUGAAAAUUUAUGUGUAAAGUUAUAGUUAUUAUUUUUUUGUUUGGAAAAAACUUUAACUACACAGAAAUUGAAUUUAUUUAGUAAUUACUCAAUCAAAAGAAAUAUAUACACAGUUCCGAUUGAAUUCUGCUUGAAUAUGAAUAAAAAAAAUUACGGUUAUUCAAAUUGGUGAAUGAAAUGCGACCAUAAAUUUUUUAAUCUCAAAUGAUUUAUUAGCUUAUUCAUCAUUGGAGGUAAUUACUUUUUAUUUAUGUUCCAGCGAAAUUGCCACUACUUUAUUUUUUCGUUUAAUUGUUCAAUAAAUAAUAUUGAAAUUGUGAUUUAAAUACUUUAAAAAAUGGGGGGGGGGGCGCACUAUCUAAAAGUAACCAUACUAACAUAAUAACUUUUUAGAGCUUGAAUUUUUACCAUUUUCUACUUUUCACGUUAGAGUAAUUUUACAUUCAACAAUCUUGACAUCCUUAUAGUCUACCUCCCGUCUUUUUAUUAAUCGAUCGAGAGGAAAGUAAUAUAUAAAUAAAAAUUACGUUAAUAACGUAAAAAAGUUUAUAUUGACGAAAAAAUAAAACGGUGACGCCGUUUAGUGCCAGAAUUUUUUUCUAAAUUAACUCGAGUAAGAGGUUUUUCCAUGUAUAAUAAUUUAUUUGUCUUCUCAACCAGAGAAUUAUUCCUUGUGAGAUAAAAAACAAUCGUUUUGUAAUUUAUUAAUAUUAAAAUUAAGAAAUUGUGAGUUUUAUUAAACUCGAAAAUUUUUAAAUCCUUAGCAGCAACUAUUUGUAAUGCUUUAGUUAACUAGGGUAUAAUUAAAAUUAACAAAUAAAUAAGAGAAGAAAGAAGUAAGUUAGAUUGUAACAGGGUAGAUAUUUGUAAUGGUGAUAAUAGUAAUGGAAUAUUUUUUUAAUAAAAAAUGAAAAUAAAAAAAAGACACGAGCUCUUGAGAUAAUUUAUUAAAGUGAAUAUUUGUUUAUAUGAGCUCGGAAUAAUUAUGAACUGAACAUUCCGUUUUGUAAAAUAGCGUAUUUUUAAUUUAAUCAUAAUGUUUAAACUAAAAAAAAAAAAAAAAAAAAUAGUGUAUUAAAAUAUCAAUCGUAAAUA